UGCUCUAUCGGACACUCGCAGCCUACGCGCUCCAUUCGCGGCCUUGAUUAACGCGCUCUCUCAUUUCGUCUUCGUGAGAGAAGCAAAAGAGCCCGCAGAAAGAGUGUAAAAAAGGGGGAAAACGAGAAAAAAAAAAGGGGAAGACUGAGGAUAUUCAAAAACAUUAUUUGAAAAAAAGGAAGAAAUAAUCCCAAUCCAAGCUAGGGUUAGCGCCAUUCCUAAUCGGGGAACUGAUAAAUAAAAGAUGGGGGCUAAUCCGUCACCAACAGACUCAACCGCCGAUCUUGAUGAACAGAUCUCGCAGCUCAUGCAGUGUAAGCCACUUUCCGAGCAGCAGGUCAAAUCAUUAUGCAACAAGGCAAAGGAAAUAUUAAUGCAAGAAAGCAAUGUCCAGCCUGUGCAAAGCCCUGUGACAAUUUGUGGUGAUAUUCAUGGACAAUUUCAUGACCUUGCUGAACUUUUUCGAAUUGGAGGGAAGUGUCCGGAUACAAACUACUUGUUUAUGGGAGAUUACGUUGAUCGUGGGUACUAUUCUGUUGAAACUGUUACGCUAUUGGUGGCUUUAAAAGUCCGUUAUCUGCAGCGGAUUACCAUUCUCAGAGGAAAUCAUGAAAGUCGCCAGAUCACUCAAGUUUAUGGGUUUUAUGAUGAAUGUCUGCGGAAGUAUGGCAAUGCUAAUGUUUGGAAGAUCUUUACGGACCUAUUUGACUAUUUUCCAUUAACUGCUUUGGUGGAGUCAGAAAUAUUUUGUCUGCAUGGUGGAUUGUCCCCUUCAGUUGAAACCCUGGAUAACAUAAGAAACUUUGAUCGUGUUCAAGAAGUUCCUCACGAGGGGCCCAUGUGUGAUUUAUUGUGGUCUGAUCCAGAUGAUCGAUGUGGUUGGGGCAUCUCACCUCGUGGUGCUGGAUAUACUUUUGGCCAGGAUAUAUCUGAACAAUUCAAUCACACAAACAGCUUAAAAUUGAUUGCGAGAGCUCAUCAACUGGUUAUGGAUGGGUUUAACUGGGCACAUGAACAAAAGGUGGUAACUAUAUUUAGUGCACCUAAUUAUUGUUAUCGCUGCGGAAACAUGGCUUCGAUUUUGGAAGUCGAUGAUUGCAAGAAUCACACAUUCAUCCAGUUUGAUCCUGCUCCAAGGAGAGGAGAACCCGAUGUUACUCGCAGAACGCCCGAUUACUUCCUCUGAAGAGAGACUGUGAAAUCUGGUUCCAAGAUACUGCACUUUUCCUCCACCCUCCCUCCUGUUACAUAGUUAGGUAGCGGUGAUCUUUUUCCGAAGUCACUUGCAUCUACCACCUGCCAGGUUUUUACAUUCCAUGUUUUGUUUUGUUUUGUUUCAAUCUUUCGAUGAUGAUGAGCACCAAAAACAUGGUACACUUGAAUAUUGUGUCGAAAAUAUUGCAUAUCUGAUAAAAGACACCAUCAGAUUAGAGUUU